CAUGGCGGCGCCUGAGGUGGCGGCGGCGCUCGGGAGCGGCCCCGGGGCCAGCGGAGCGGAGCUGCCCGAGCCGCUGGGGCUGCUGGAGCUCUGCGGGGCCUGCAGGCAGCGGCUGAGCCCGCAGCGGAAACCGAGGCUGCUGCCGUGCCUGCACUCCGUGUGCCGGGGCUGCAUCGGCAGCGAGCACGGGGACAAGAACGCGUUCGAGUGCCCCGUGUGCCACCAGCAGUGUCCCCUGGGUGACAUCAUGGACAACCUGUUCCUGCAGCCCAGCGCCGGCAGCCAGAGCUGCACCAGCUGCGAGGACAAUGCCAGCGCCACCAGCUUCUGCCUGGAGUGCUCGGAGCCGCUGUGUGCCACCUGCGUGGGGGCUCACCUGAGGGUCAGGUACACCCGGGAGCACCGAGUGCAGCCCCUGGGCUCUCCAUCCGUUCCCGAUGAUCCCAAUGAUCCCACUGAUCCCGCUGAUCCCAAUGAUCCCAUUGAUCCCAAUGAUCCCAAUGAUCCCAAUGACCCCGCUGACCGCGCUGACCGCGCUGCUCCGGCCCCGUUGCCGGCCUGGUGCCGCUCGCACCCCCGGGAGCCGCUGUCGCUGUUCUGCAGCUCCUGCGAGAGCCUGACCUGCGGGGAGUGCCACAGGAGCGAGCACCGCCACCACCCCUCCCAGCCCGUGGCCGAGGCCGUUCUCCAGCAGCGCUCGGUGCUGGCGGCGCUGCUGCAGCGCCUGGCGGAGAAACACGGCGAGGUGCAGCGCUGCAGCGCCCGCCUGCACGCCUGGUGCCGUCACCUCUCGGACACGCAGCAGCAGCUGGCCGUGCAGGUGAAGCUCGCUGUCCUCCAGGCCAUGAGGGAGCUCAACAAACGCGCCAAGGUCCUCAUGGGGGACGUGCAGCGCGUGACCGAGGGCCGGCGGCAGCGCCUGGAGCAGCAUGUCCUCAAUGUCCCCUGUGUCCCCAGUGUCCCCAAUGUCCCCAAUGUCCUCAUUGUCCCCAAUGUCCUCAGUGUCCCCCACUGUCCCCAUUCCCCCCAAUGUCCCCACUGUCCCCAGUGUCCCCAUUGUCCCCACUGUCCCCAUUCCCCCCAAUGUCCCCUGAUGUCCCCAAUGUGUCCCCAGGUGCAGGCCCAGCUGCUCGCUGCCCUGGGGGUGCCCCUGGAGCCCCUGGAGCCUCAGGGGGAGCUGAAAUUCCAAUGGGACCUGCAGGGAUGGAGCCGGAGCGCCCAGAGCUUCGGUGCCAUCGUGGUCUCGGAGCCGCCCCUCCCCCCCCCGCGGAGCCCCUCCCGCGGCCCCUCCCCCACCGCGCAGGUUGUCCCCGCGCCCCCGGAGCUGCUCCUGCAGGGCCCCCCCCGGCUGUCACCUCCCCCCCAGGUGUCACCUCCCCCCCGGAUGUCACCUCCCCCCCUGGAGCCCGCGGCCACCCCCAGCCCCCAGCGCGGCGAGGGGACACAGGGGACAGGGGACACGGGGACAGCCGCCAGCCCUGAGAGCGGCGUCACCGCAGGGAGCGCGAGGGUCCCCGGCCGUUCCCCCCGGGAGGAGAAGCUCGUUAAGAAGCUGCUCAUUAAACGGAGGGGCCCCCCCUCGGUGUGGGGCACCCCCCGGCUCCCCAAGCAGCCCCGGGUGAGCCUGGAGCGCCUGGAGCUGGACCUGGAGCUGGACCCGGCGCAGCCGCCCGUGUUCCGCAUCUUCCCCGGGCCCUCGGCGCACGAGUUCAGCCUCAUCGUCAUCGAGCAGGGGACAGCGGGGACACCGGGGACACCGGGGACAGCGGGGACACAGGGGACAGCGGGGACAGCGGGGAACGAAGGGACACAAGGGACAGAAGGGACAGAAGGGACGGUGCAGCCGCACGGAGCGCUGCUGGUCAAGGAGGAGCAGCAGGAGUCGCCCAUCGGUGACACCGGUGACACUGGGGACACCAAACCCGUGGGGCUGCUGCCCCCCGCCCUGGGUGACCCAGGCCCUGUCCUGGGGGUCCCCGGGGGUGUCCCCGGGGGUGUCCCCGUGGGGGUCCCGGGGGUCUCGUGCUGCCGCGUGUGCGGCCAGGCCGGGGCCGUGGUGAUGUGUGACCGCUGCCAGCGCUGCUUCCACCUGCACUGCCACCUGCCCGCCCUGCACGACGUGCCCAGCCCCGAGUGGACGUGUUUGCUGUGCCAGGAGCUGCCCCCUCCCCUGCCGGAGCCGGAGCCGGAUCCUGAGCAGGGCCCCCCGGUGAAACUGAGCCCCCAGGACCAGCAGCGCUGCGAGUUCGUGCUGCUGGAGCUGCUGUGCCACGAGCCCUGGCGGCCCCUGCAGCGCCUCUGCAGCUCCGCCGACGGCGCGGGCGCCAUGGACCUGACGCUGAUGCGGGCGCGGCUGCAGGAGAAGCUGAGCCCGGCGUACCGCAGCCCGCAGGAGUUCGCCCGCGACGGCUGGGCCCUGCUGCGCCAGUUCCACCGCCUCACCGAGGACAAGGCAGAUGUUCAGUCCAUCCUGGAGCUGCAGAGGUUCCUCGAGAGCCGCCUCAGCGCCGCCUUCGGGGACCAGAAAUUCUCCAGGAUGCUGCUGGAGCCUGAGGAGAGCCUGGAGGGGUCACCGGGGACCUGAGUGAUGAUUCCGGGGGGACAAAACCCUCCCAGAACCCCAAAAUCCCCUCACAACACCCAACUUCCCUCACAGGACCCCCAAUUUCCUCUUCUAGGACCCCAAUUUCUCCUCUUAGGACCCCAAUUCCCCUCACAGGACCCCAAAUUCCUCGCCCAGGACCUCAGUUUCCCUCUGAGUACCCCAAUUUCCCUCUGAGCACCCCAGUUUCCCCUCCCAGGACCCCAUUUUUUCUCUGAGCACCCCAAUUUCCCUCUGAGGACCCCAUUUUCUCUCUGAGGACCCCAAUUUCCUCUCACAGCACCCCAAAUUCCCUCUGAGGACCUCAGUUUCCCCUUUCAGAACGCAAAUUUCCUGUUCUAGGACCCCAAUUUCCCUCCCAGCACCCCAAAUUCCUCACCCACACCCCAAAAUUCCUCUUUUAGGACCCCAAAUUCCCUCACAGCACCCCAAAUUCCCCUCACAGGACUCCGAUUUCCCUCACAGGACCCCACAUUCCUCGCCCAGAACCCCAAAUUCCCUCACAGAACCCUGAUUUUAACUCCCAGCACCCCAAUUUCCCCUCCCAGGACCACAAAUUUCCCUCACAGGACCCAAAUUCCCCUCGUAGGACCCCAAAUUCCCCUCACAGCACCCCAAAUUCCCUCACAGCACCCCAAAUUCCCUCUGAGGACCUCAAUUUCCCCUUUCAGAACGCAAAUUUCCUGUUCUAGGACCCCAAUUUCCCUCCCAGCACCCCAAAUUCCUCACCCACACCCCAAAAUUCCUCUUUUAGGACCACAAAUUCCCCUCACAGGACUCCAGUUUCCCUCACAGGACCCAAAUUCCCCUCAUAGGACCCCACAUUCCUCACCCAGGACCUCAAUUUCCCUCUGAGGACCCCAAUUUUCCUCACAGGACCACAAAUUCCCCUCACAGCACCCCAAAUUCCCUCACAAAACCCCAAAUUCCUCUUUUAGGACCCCAAAUUCCCCUCACAGGACUCCGAUUUCCCUCACAGGACCCCAAAUUCCUUGCCCAGGACCCCGAAUUCCUCACCUAGAACCCCAAUUUUCCCUCACAGGACCUCAAAUUCCCUCACAGAACCCCAAUAUUAACUCCUAGAACCUCAAUUUGCUCUCCCAGAACCCCAAAUUUCCCUCACAGGACCCCAAAUUCCCUCCAGGACCCCGAAUUUAACUCCCAGGACCCCAAUUUCCCCUCACAAAACCCCAAGUUCCCUCACAGCACCCCAAAUUCCUCGCCUAGAACCCCAAAUUCCCUCUGAGGAUCCCAAUUCCCCUCACAGGAUUCUGAUUUUAACUCCCAGCACCCCAAAUUCCCCUCACAGCACCCCGAAUUUAACUCCCAUAACCCAAAUUCCCCUCAUAGUGGGAACUCCCAUAAACCAAAUUUCCCCUUCCAGAACCCCAAAUUCCUCUUUCAGGACCCCAAAUUCCCCUCCCAUCACCCCAGUUUCCCCUCUCUGCCCCCCAAUUUCCCCCACAUGAUUUUUGGGGUCCCCCCAGAGCCCCUCAGGAUUUUGGGGUGUCCCUGUCCCCACUAUCCUGGGGUAAAUAAAGGGUAAAUAAAGCCCUGGGAGGGGUUUAAAGUUU